AUGCAGGUUCAACGCGAGGCCUUUAAUUUGGGUCAGCUUGCGCAUCGCAACGUAGUGGAGUUCUUUGGUCUGUGGGAGACCCAAGAGACGGUCAGCCACUUGCCCGCCCUGGUGAUGGAGUUUGCCCAUGGGGGCGCUCUUCACACCGUUGUGCGCAGACGACCCCCUGUCCGACCUCUAUCCCUUGCCGAUUGGGCUCUUCAAAUCGCUGAAGGCAUGCGCUACCUCCACGAAUGCGCCGGCCUUGUUCAUAGGGAUUUGAAGACUGCUAACAUUCUCAUUCGCGAGCCUCUGGUUGCUUCUCCCGGGCCAGAUGAUCUUAUCAACAAGACUCUGAUCAUCUCCGACUUCGGCAUGUCCUGUCCCACUGACACUAUUGACUCUUGGGUUUCUGGCGUCGGCACAGCUGCGUAUGCUGCUCCAGAGGUCAUUUGCAUGGAAAUAUUCAGUCUCGCGUCCGAUGUGUGGUCUUAUGGUGUGGUUCUGUGGGAAAUUUUUACAAUGUUGGAACCAUUUAAGGAGUUUGAUAGGGCUCAACAGCUGGUUAACAUAGGUCGAUAUCGCCAAAAAUUGUUCAUUCCUCGACCCGAAGCGGGCUUUCCUGAAGUCAUUGGUGCAAUUUUAACUUGUAAGUUGCUACCUCCGUGCCAUGCUUGA